AUGUCGCAUUCUAUCAGUGUCUUUAUUUCCGCAUCCCACUCCCCAAAACUCCCUAGCCCGCCACCCGUGAAACUAUCCCUCCCAUUUCCUGCCAGCAUUUCCCUUUUGCCGGUUACCAGAACCCUACGGAAAACCUCCCUUGUCGUUAAAGCUUCCGAUAAUGGUCCCGGAGGGGUAUUAUCAGCUUCACUGCAGGACCAGGCUAUUUCCGCUGCGCCUGCGGUGGCUGAUCCGAGUUCAAUUGAUGUUGAUGCCGUGACGGAGGCGGAGCUGAAGGAGAAUGGGUUCCGGAGCACUCGAAGGACGAAGCUGACAUGCACGAUUGGGCCGGCAACGUGCGGCGCGGAGCAGCUCGAGGCGUUGGCCGUUGGCGGAAUGAACGUGGCUCGGAUCAAUAUGUGCCAUGGCACGCGCGAGUGGCAUCGAGAAGUGAUACAGCGCGUCAGGAGCUUGAAUGAAGCAAAGGGUUAUGCGGUGGCCAUUAUGAUGGACACUGAGGGGAGUGAAAUUCACAUGGGGGAUCUGGGUGGCGCCUCCUCUGCCAAAGCCGAGGAUGGUGAAAUAUGGACCUUUAGCGUUCGAGCUUUUGAUUCGCCUCUUCCUGAACGCACUAUUAAUGUGAACUAUGGUGGCUUCGCUGAGGAUGUGGAAGUGGGUGAUGAACUUCUAGUAGAUGGUGGAAUGGUGAGGUUUGAGGUGUUUGAGAAAAUUGGUCCAGAUGUCAAGUGUCGCUGUACAGAUCCUGGACUUCUGUUACCUCGAGCUAAUCUUACCUUUUGGCGUGAUGGGAGCUUAGUACGGGAACGCAAUGCAAUGCUCCCUACGAUUUCCUCUAAGGAUUGGUUGGACAUUGAUUUUGGGAUUGCUGAGGGUGUUGAAUUUAUUGCUAUAUCAUUUGUCAAGUCUGCUGAAGUUAUAAAGCAUCUCAAGAGCUAUAUUAAAGCACGGGCUCGAGAUGGUGAUAUUUCUGUGAUUGCGAAGAUAGAAAGUAUUGACUCAUUGAAGAACUUGGAGGAGAUCAUUCAAGCAUCGGAUGGAGCUAUGGUGGCCAGAGGAGAUCUCGGUGCUCAGAUCCCAUUGGAACAGGUUCCAUCAGAACAGCAAAGAAUAGUCCAGUUGUGCAGGCAAUUAAAUAAGCCCGUUAUUGUAGCCUCUCAGUUGCUUGAUUCUAUGAUAGAGUACCCUACCCCUACUAGAGCUGAAGUGGCUGAUGUUUCCGAAGCAGUUCGCCAGCGUGCUGAUGCUUUAAUGCUUUCUGGUGAAUCUGCCAUGGGCCAGUACCCUGAGAAGGCAUUGACUGUUCUAAGAAGUGUCAGUCUGAGAAUUGAGAAGUGGUGGAGAGACGAGAAACGACAUGAAGCUAUGGAACUCCCGGGCAUAGCUUCUUCUUUUGCGGACAGUAUUUCUGAAGAGAUAUGCAACUCUGCUGCUAAAAUGGCCAACAAUUUGGAGGUGGAUGCUAUUUUUGUUUACACAAAGGCAGGUCACAUGGCAUCUCUUCUAUCACGCUGUCGACCUGACUGCCCCAUUUUUGCAUUCACUACCACUACGUCUGUACGCAGACGACUGAAUCUGCAAUGGGGACUCAUUCCAUUCCGUUUGAGCUUUUCUGAUGAUAUGGAAAGCAACCUCAACAAGACUUUCUCUUUGCUCAAAUCCCGGGGAAUGAUUAAAUCAGGCGACUUAGUAAUUGCUGUCUCUGACAUGCUGCAAUCUAUUCAAAAAACCACUGCACAGCUCGUCAGCGACAAUGGACAGCGACAAUGGAGCGUUGUUGUGUGCCAGUACAGCAGCUCUCUGCACGCGGUUGCAUGUAAAGUGUUCAAUGAUCAAAAAGGGUUUGGAUUCAUCACUCCUAAUGAUGGUAGUGUGGAGCUGUUCGUUCGUCAGUCUGCUAAAACUGAAGGUUUUCGAAGCCUAGGCGACAGUGGAAAUGUGGAGUUCGAAGUUGAGUAUGGAAGCAAUGGCCGCGCUAAGGCUGCCAAUGUGAUUGGACUUUGUCGGGCUUUUGUAGGUGGGUGGUAUUCUGUGGGUGGUGAUGACGAUGUUUGUGCAGAUGGAUAUGGUGGUUGUGGUUGUGCUAGCGAUGGUGGUGGUGCUAGCGAUGGUAGUGGUUUGGAUUAA